AUAUGACACUACCCAGUUUACCUAUAUGAUGUGAUAAUUAGCUAAACAGCUCCGGCUUUUUAAAGACCAGCAAGAAAAUACCCGGAGCAAACAUCAUGGAUCGUCUGCUGAAGAGAUGUCGAAUCAAGAGCAGCUUGCUCAGAGAGUGUCUGGCUGAAUGUUUUGGAGUCUAUGUUGUAAUACUCUUUGGCUGUGGAUCUGUUGCUCAGGUGACAACAUCUCAAAACACAAAAGGUGAAUACCUGUCAAUCAAUCUUGGAUUUGCACUGGGCACCGUUUUUGGGAUCUAUGUGGCAAAGGGGGUAUCAGGAGCUCACCUGAACCCAGCUGUGUCUCUGAGUCUGUGUUUCCUGGGCAGAUUCUCCUGGACAAGACUUCCAUUCUAUGUAUUUUCACAGAUUUUGGGUUCAUUUCUGGCUGCAGCGACUGUUGCUCUUCAGUACUACGAUGCUAUAAUGCAUUUCAGUGGAGGACAUCUCACAGUUGAUGGUGCCACAGCCACGGCAGGCAUCUUCUCAACCUACCCAGCAGACUACCUAAGUAUAUGGGGUGGAGUAGUAGACCAGAUCAUUGGCACAGCGUCUCUUCUGGUGUGUGUUCUUGCACUGGGAGAUCCCAAUAACACACCAGCACCUGCCGGUCUAGAACCUGUUCUGGUUGGAGCAGUUGUCAUGACGAUUGGAGUCUCGAUGGGGUCUAACUCUGGAUAUGCCAUCAACCCAGCACGAGACUUCGGACCAAGACUCUUCUCCUACAUUGCAGGCUGGGGUGAUGAGGUCUUCAGGGCUGGAAAUGGGUGGUGGUGGAUACCAUUGGUGGCGACGUGUACUGGUGGUCUUAUUGGCUCAUUGCUUUAUGAGUUGCUGAUUGGAGUGCAUCAUUCGAACAGAGAUACUGAAAACCAUACAACAGAAAUCCAAACUUUGGAGAUAGACAUGAACAUUGACACUAUUAAAAACAACAAGACUGAAAAUACUGUAUUAAAGACUUUAGCUUGAAUAUUUAAUUAGUUGCAUUCAACAGUUGCCAUCAUUGCUACAUAUUUUGCAGUUUUUACUAGAAGGGAUACAGCACAUGCCAAAAUCUCAGGAGACGUUGGGUUUAGGGUCAGGAUGAAAACAGUGGUUCUGUCUAGAUGGGAUACAGCUAUGGCAUAAAUCCCAUAAAAACGUUGGGUUUAGGGUUAGGCGUGGGAUUAGGAUAAAAAGAGUGCUCAUC